AUGCGUUACCAGGCUGUUGUAGCCAUCUAUGGGAGCGACAAUGAAGAUACUAUUGAUUUCGGCACGCGGUACGAUGAUGUUGGGGCCUUUAACGAAUAUCUUGGGGAAUUGGAUCUCACGGCACCUAAUAAUGAAACGAUCAUCGACACGAUAAACACCCUUAAUGGCCAAGCUCACUUCUCGGAGGUGAUCACAAUAUUGUUCACAGCGAGUCCGCAGUCGUAUAUAUCUAGGGCUGGCGAAAACGAAUGGAAGGAGCGCACGGUUGGUGUCGCAGUUGAAGAUGUGGUCUUCAACUUUGCGCUACCAGGAGGGCCAUUGGAUAUUGGAUACGCCACGGACAGCCUUUCAAGCUGGGCUGUGCAAGACGUGGUUGUCGUGUUGUUCACUGGAAGUGAUCCAAGCAAGUUUCCCGCCGCUGCGCAAAACUAUACACGAAAGUCGAUGACGGUUGGUGUUGCAGUUGGUGCGCAGACAAGUGCGUUCGCCGCCAUUUCGGUCAAAGCCAUGCAACCAGCGACGAUCUAUCAAGCCGCCCUCAGCCUAUGCCAACCUAACAAUGGGUUUACUACGGCGCAACCGAGCCCGACCGUCAACACUGGACAAUAUUAUUCGCAAAUUUCGUUUGCCGAUGCCGUGGCUGCGAAACUUUUUAGUAUCUCAAAACUGAAUUUCCAAGCUGGUGCAGCUAUAUAUGGCAGUGAUAAUGAAGGUGCUCUUGAUUUGGGGACGCUAUUCGAUGAUUCUAGGUCAUUCAGCGAGUAUCUAACGGAACUGGAUCUCACGGCGCCCAAUGAUGAAUCGAUAAUAGAGGCCAUUGCUACGAUGAAUAACAAGGGCGGCUUCGCUCAGUUCAUCACAAUAUUGUUCACAGCAAGCCCACAGUCCGAGAUGUCGAUGUCUCCCGAUAACAAAUGGAAAGAUCUAACUGUUGGUCUGGCCAUUGUGCUCAAUUUUGGGCUUCAGGGCGGCCAGCUGGACAUUGGAUAUGCUACGGAUAUGUUAUCGGAUUGGUCCGUGGAAGAUGCCGUGAUUGUGCUCUUUACUGGGAGCGACCCACACAAAUUUCGGGACGCCGGCUGGAAUUACACGCGCAGGCCCACGACCAUCGGAGUUGCUGACGGUGCCGACACUCGAGCUUUUGCCGUGCUUCCGGUCCCAUACCUUCACCCAAUCGCAAUCUACGAUGCGACGAUACAACUUUGUCGUACUGCCGUACCAACCCGUGCUCCGCCUACCACCACCACAAUUCUGACGACCACCCCGGUUGAUUAUCGAGCGCGUUGCAGCGUCGCCUUUUGGCUGGACGCUUCUUAUGAAGCCUGGGUCAGCUACGAGGCCCAGAAGCAGCACACGCUUGCCGCUGCCAAACAAGCCUUUCAGAAGUACGACGGCGGAGCGUUUCUGUUUCAAGCCAGUGUUUGGAUCCUGGGGCAGGGGAUGGGUGCACCAACGCUCGACACACUGGAAACCAACUUCGCCAGCUUCAACCAGACACUCCAGGGCUUGGAUAGGCUACUCAAAGUCACUAAGGCCGAUAAUUCGACGAUUGCCACCACUAUCGGCUUCAUGAAUUCGCAGCCCUUCUACCCUCACAUCACCCUGUUCUUCACCAACAGCAACCAAGCCGAGAUUGAUGCAUCACCAGAAAACGCGGACCGAUCAUCAAGUUACGGUUAUGACUUUACGCCUGUCAAUCUGAUGCGCCUGGCGAAUUCGAUCUCCGACCCGCCAGCGGCUGGGAUGGUGGAUGUUAUCGACAACUAUUGCCGGAAAAUCCAUCAGGAU